AUGGAGACGACGUGUGUAAUCGGUUCGUCGCUCCUUUUUACUUUGCGAGGGUAUGCUAAGUCGAAUGAGGUGUACUCGCCUAGAAAAAUAAAGGCCCUUGAAUCUCAGAUUGGCAAACUUACUCAAUCACGGAACGACUCAUUUGAUGACCUUGACAGCCUUGAUGGAGUCAACAGACGUUCAACCGAGGAAGAGGACGUUGUUACUCGGGGGGUCCUUUCUAUGCAGACUGCUACAUCUCUGCUGGACACAUUCAGGGAGACGAUGACACCUCAUUUUCCGUUCGUUAUUAUUCCCCCAGAGACAUCGGCAGAGUACCUUCGCCGUGAGAAGAAAUUUCUCUUUCUGGCUAUACUUGCGUCGGCAUCGUUCGCAGACAUGCCAUUGCAGCGAAGAUUGGGCAUGGAGGUGAGAUUGGCGGUAGCUUCUCGUAUGAUCGUAAAUGGUGAAAUGUCAUUCGAACUACUACAGGGAUUGCUGAUUUAUCUUGCAUGGAGUCAUUACCACUCACGGCCAAGCCCAUAUACACAAUUUUUGCAAUUGGCUAUUAGCAUUGUGAUCGAGUUCCGCCUCGACAGGCCACCACUGACAAAGACUUGGAAGACUCCUCUUAAAUUCAAAAUCGAGUACGAUACUGAAGAUAAGACCUGCUGCAAUCGACCAUCUUGGGGUCUGGACGAGAAAAGAGCCAUUGCUGGUUGUUACUAUUUGUCGUCAACAGUCGCGGUUUUGAUACAGAAGCAAUUCCACUUCCCUCACAGUUCAUACAUUGAAGACUGCUGCAGAACAGUUUCCGACACAGCGAAAGCUCCUUACGACAAAUACCUAUUUCAUAUGAUCCAGUUACAGCAUAGCGUUGACAAAAUCGAUCAGUUAUCAGCUCGACACGCGUCCGAAUUGGGAAAUCCUGGUUCAGGGGCAGAGUUAUAUAUCACAUCUUUGAUCGCGGAUCUGGAGGCAUUUCAGAUUAGGCUGCCUUUUCGCAUAUCUGAUUUUCCGCUCCUUGCAAUGCAAUUUCAUUCGGCAGAGUUAUCCAUAUACCAAUUGAGUUUGUCUGGCCUCAAAUCACCGGUAUCAGCUCACGCUACGCUCAAUUACCUCCUCAGGGAUGAAUUAUUGAGCAAAGCUCUCAUGGCAGCUGAGUCAUUGAUCAAUGUAUAUCUUGCGCUGCCGCUCGACUCGGAAGCCGCGCUUAACAAUACGCAAUGGAUGCAACUAGGAUUUGCGACGCUAAUUGCCAGCAGGCUGCUUGUUGCAGUGACACCAUCACAGACUGGUAUACGCGCUACAGACAUGGCUCAACGCCGGGUAUUAUGGUCGAAUAUGUUAGUGCAAUGCAGGGCACGAAUUGAUAUCUUAUCUACCGAGCAGGUAGAUUCAAAUGGAAACAGAAGUGUCUUUCAUAAUUUCCGGCAGCGUCUCAUUCGGAUCCAGAAGUGGAUUGAUGAGGCGAGUGAGAGUAUAGGUCCUUUGGAUAAGCCGCAAGAUCAGUCACGUAUAGAAGGAAUCUCAGCGGACGAAAGCUUUGGAAAUUACUUCUCGAUAUCUCAAGACGAUCUAUUCGACUCUAUGUUUGAUCCUAUGUUUGGCGAUUGGGCCAACGAUACCGGAUUUAGCGGGUGA